CUAGCAGCAGGAAGGGGAUUGUGGGUCCAAUAAGGGAAAGUGAAAAUGAAAGCUCAGUGCUUCAGUAGAUGUCUGGGCCUGAGUGAUGUAGCUGAAAUGCAGGUUUAACUUCUACACGUUAAAGUAUGUUGCUGCUCAUUAUACAUUAACAUUAACCCCCACAUGCCGAUAGUCUCUAACCUUUACAUCAACACCAAUACAUCUGUUCAUUGACAGUUGUUUUAUAGCACAUCACCACAAUGAUAGUUUUAUUCAUUUUGGCAUUUUUAUCACAUUCUUCUACUGCCACAAGUAAGACGCACGAGGGUAACGGCUCUGUCAGCGAGCAGCCUCGUGUGGAUAUAAACGGUCUUCAGUUUCCAUGGAACAGAAUCCGGCUUCCAGACCACGUCAUACCUGUCCACUACCACCUGCUCAUCCAUCCCAACCUGACAUCCCUGACUUUCACUGGAUCGGUGAAGAUCGAGAUUGAUGUCAAACAUAACAUCACCUCGGUUGUCCUGCACAGUAAGAAUCUCCAGAUUACCGUGGCUACCAUUCAGGAUGAGUUCGGUCACUUUCUGUCACACAGGCCACUGCAGGUGCUAGAGAACCUGCCCCAUGAACAGAUUGCUGUCCUCUCGCCUAAACCUCUGCUCACUGGGGAAAAGUACUUUGUUCACAUUGAAUACAAAGCCAAUUUGUCGGAUGGUUUUUAUGGGUUCUACAGGAGUACUUACCAAACAAAAAAUGGUGAAACAAGAACGCUGGCAUCAACUCAUUUCGAACCUACAUCUGCAAGAAUGGCUUUCCCCUGCUUUGAUGAGCCACAUUUUAAGGCCAACUACUCCAUUAAAAUAAGAAGGGAUGAUUCACACAUCGCGCUGUCUAAUAUGCCUAUUGAACGGACAGUUGUUUUGGAAGGUGGACUCUUUGAGGACCACUUUGAAGUGAGUGUCAGGAUGAGCACUUACCUGGUGGCCUUUGUUGUGUGUGACUUCAAGUCUGUGAGUGGAAGAACCUCCUCUGGAAUUGAGGUUUCCAUUUUUGCUGUCCCAGACAAAUGGGCCCAAACCCAUUAUGCCCUUGAAGCUGCUGUGAAACUCCUGGAGUUCUAUGAACAGUAUUUUAACAUCUACUAUCCACUGCCAAAGCAGGAUUUGAUUGCUAUCCCUGACUUCCAGUCAGGAGCCAUGGAGAACUGGGGUCUGACCACAUACAGGGAAACUGCUUUGCUGUUUGAUCCUGAGACCUCAUCUGCCUCAGAUAAGCUUUGGGUCACCAUGGUGAUAGGACAUGAACUGGCUCAUCAGUGGUUUGGCAACCUUGUAACAAUGGAGUGGUGGAAUGAUAUCUGGCUGAAUGAGGGAUUUGCCAGAUACAUGGAAUUUGUUUCAGUAGAUGCCACGUACCCUGAGCUGAAAGUGGAGGAUUACUUAUUGGACACUUGCUUUGCAGCAAUUGGCAGGGAUUCCCUGAACUCCUCACGGCCCAUAUCCAGCGCUGCUGAGAACCCCACUCAGAUAAAAGAGAUGUUUGACACUGUCUCCUAUGACAAGGGAGCUUGUAUCCUUCACAUGUUGAGGAACUUUCUGACAGAUGACGUUUUCCAGAGUGGAAUUGUCCGUUAUCUCAGGAAAUUCAGCUACAAAAAUGCCAAGAAUGAAGAUCUAUGGAACAGUAUUGCAAAUACUUGCAGUGAGGAAGACUUUACUUCAGGAGAGUUUUGCUACAGCAGCAGUCAAGCUACAAAGAAUGCAUACCGAUAUGCUGGAGAGCACCUUGACUUGAAGGAAAUGAUGAACACAUGGACUUUGCAGAAGGGAAUUCCCCUGAUUAUUGUGAAUCGCAUAGGAAAUGUGGUCACACUCAGACAGGAGAGGUUCUUAAAGACUGUUCUACCCUCUGAUCCCUCAUGGAAUUCUGAGCAGCAGGGUUACUUGUGGCAUGUUCCAUUGACAUACAUGACAAGCAACUCCAGAAAAAUUGGAAGAUAUUUGCUGGAAACAAAAUCAGAUACGGUUGAAAUGGAGGAAGAGGUGAGCUGGGUAAAGUUUAACACAGAUAUGAAUGGAUAUUACAUUGUGCACUAUGAAGGGGAUGGAUGGGACUCCCUGAUAAACCUGCUUAAUAAGAACCACACUGCUGUGAGCUAUAAGGACAGAGCUAACCUUAUCCACAAUGCAUUUCAGCUUGUCAGUGCAGGGAGGCUGUCACUGAAUCAAGCCCUUGAUCUUACUCGCUAUCUGAGCCAUGAAACUCACAAUGUCCCGCUGCUGCAAGGUCUUGGUUAUUUAGAGGUCUUCUUCAGAAUGAUUGAAAGGAGGAACAUCCCUGAUGUCACUCAAAACCUUAAGAAUUAUAUCUUGCAGUAUUUUAACCAUGUGAUCGACAAGCAAACAUGGAGUGAUGAAGGAUCGGUGUCAGACAGGAGGCUUCGUUCAGCUGUCCUCGAACUGGCAUGUGACCUUGGAUAUCCUCCAUGUGUAAAAAAGGCAAAUCACCUCUUCAGUGAAUGGGUUGGAUCUAACAGCACAAUCAGUUUACCCACUGAUGUGACUGAAACGGUUUAUUCUGUUGGAGCUCAGAGACCAGAAGGAUGGACCUACCUCCUAGACAAGUAUCAAGUAUCCUUAUCAGGGACUGAGAAAGACAAAAUUUUGGGUGCAUUAGCAAGCAGUAUGGAUUCUGAGAAGCUAUCAAGAUUGCUUGAUCUGGGAUUGGAAGGUGUUGUGAUAAAGACACAAGACCUCUCCUCACUUAUCUACAGAGUGAGCAGAAAUCCUACCGGACACUUCAUAGCUUGGAAUUUUGUUAAGAAGCACUGGAAUCAGUUGGUGGAAAAAUUUCAGCUGGGAUCUUUCUGUAUACGGAAUAUCAUUAUUGGCACAACAGCUCAGUUUUCCUCUAAAGAAGAGCUUGAGGAGGUGAAGUUGUUCUUUGAAUCCAUACAGGAGCACUCUUCUCAGCUUCGGGUUACACAAGUUGCUCUGGAGAAUCUUGAAAAGAACAUCAGGUGGCUGGAGAGGAAUCUGGAGCCCAUGAGGAGCUGGUUACUGAAGAACUUGCAGGAAGCAUAAGUUAUUUUGGAAGAUGUGUAGUGGAUUGUUAUUUGCCGAAUUUGUACGUAAUUUGAAUGCUACCGUGAGACAUUUCAGGGCUUAAAAGUAGGACGUUAGGUUUUUUGGCAAACAAUACAUGAUAGGUUUCUAAUUUAAAAUCUUUAGUUUAUGAGAUACAGAAUAGAUCUACAGCCAUUUAUUGGAUUUUUCUGAAUACACAACCCCAAUUUAGACAUUGCUUCUGGCUUAGAAGUUUGUCAUUUAUAAAUCCACUAUUUAUACAGAACAUAUUUUUUUAGCUAAAGGUUAAGCACACAGGUAUUAAAAUUGGCACUAACUAAACAUUAGCAGUCUUAAAAUAGGUUAGUUUCAGUUAAUUGGUAACCCAGGACUACGUUGGUUUUCAGUUUUGUAUAUUUUGGAGAUUUGCUUUACUUUUUAAUGAAACAUGAUGUGAUAAUGGUAAUCAAGGUCAUUUUAUAUGCCUUAGAAACUGAUGUCUUUGUAUUAGAAACAAAAGCAAUAAAUGACAAAUGUUUGAUAUGGGGAAAAAACAUGGCAGGUUGCAAAAUGCGCUGUUUUUUUUUCUUGGAUGUGCUUUAAUCUUUACUUUCUUCUCUUUGUGCUUUUGACAUCAAAAGUCUUUACAGUAAUUUCAUUUAUUUUUGAUUUACAGAAAGUCAUUCUUCACUAUUAAUGAAUCACACUCCAAACCUGUCCUAUGACAGUAUUCUACCUAUUUACAGAUGUUCUGCUUUUGUAUAGAAGUGUUUAAGUUUCAUAAUGUUUUAUACAAUAAAGUUCUGUGAAAAUAUACAGUAGCUGUCUCCCAUCUUUUUAUAUACUUUAGAACGUCGCCUUUUUUUGCCUUACAUUUUUACCAUCUUCUUGUUUCUUAACUUUGUAAUAGGUUCCAACACUUAGGCACAACUCUCAAUGCAAGUAUGAAAUGUAUGGGUUUUGGAGGUGUGCAAGUUUUGUUGUUGGUGGAAAGAUCGUAUGCUGUGCCAAGAAAAUGGUAAUCUUUAACUUUGGUUUGAUUCCCUUUCUGCUGCUUUUUAUACAAUUGUGUCGUACAACUGAUAAAGAAAUAUGUGGUGUGCAUCAGCACAAGCCCUUAUGGUAUUUUUUGUAAAUAUUGCUCUGAAAAUGUAUGCAACAAACCUGAUUAAAAUUCUAUUUGUUUA